CUGACCGCUCCAAACGUCUCUUUAAAUAAAACACUGGGAGUUUAUCUGGAGUUUUGUGUCCGUUUGCGUGGAGUCCAGCUCACGUUAUUUCUACAGCAAAUUGGAACAAAAAAAGAAAAGGUCAAGAACAGUUUUCCAAACACACGUCGCAACAUGACAAAGGAUCAAAACGAGAAAAACAGAAGCGGAACCAAGACUUCAGUCCUGCCUCAAGUCCGGUACCACCCGAGUAUCCAGAACCCUGCCCAGAACCCUGCCCAGAACCCUGCCAAACACCCUGCCAAACACCCUGCCAAACACCCUGCCAGUCAGACCAGGAACCCUCAGAAAUCCUCCAAAAAUGAACCAAACGGACUGAGGUUUGGUGGAGAAGAUGAACCUCAAAGUUUGUCUGAAAACACAAGACCAGAUUUGAAAAGUGAGAAUUUCGGAGCUUUUGACGGAACCAAAAUUAUUGCAAAAAAUUCAGGAAACAAAAUCCAAAACACUACAAACUGUGGAACUUUUUUGGAAAAUGUUCAAAUGUCCACGAGAAGUUCCAGAAGUGUAAAAAGUGGAGCUCGGACAGAACCGAAGCGCGAUUCGAAAACUCAAACUUCAGGAAAGAAAAUCGUACCUCAGGUUUGGUACCACCCGAGUAUUAAGGUCUCAGGAGUCGCAGGAGGAACUGUGGAGUCCAGGAGGUCGCCGGAGAUGGAGCGAACGAAACGCGCGGGCGAAGUGAAGGGUCGGGAGGGCGGCGCUGGAGUCCAAGACGGAGCGACAGACGGUGCAACUCGAAACGCGCGACGAGCAAAAAGAACGUCCAAAAACGAAACCGCGAAAAGGUCUGGAACUGCAAAAGGAACGUCUGAAAACACCGGACUAGAAAACGAGGGCGGGGAUCGCGAGACAGGACCGAAAGAUGAGCCUCUAAACGGGGCAAAGACGGACGGGACCAAGACGGGAUCCGGUGGAGAAGGUUCAACCCAGUUUUCACAAGUUCAGGCUCGAAAAGGGACGAGGAAAAACGCAAAAACGCAAAGCGACGAAGCGUUGAGUGGAGCAGACGGCGAGACGAGGUCAAACGACGAGCGACCAGACGCAGCAAAAGUCGAGAAUCAAACGCCAACAUUGGGGACAAAAUCCACAAAGCUCCAAACUCCUGGAAAUGACCAAGAGUCCCCAAGUCCUGAGCCGGGCCCCGCGGUGGACCGAGCCCUGGACGUGGACUUCAGACCGGGAUCUUCGUUGGACCCGGUUCUCGUGGAGCAGGUGGAAGUCCGGACCCGAGGCCAGAGGACAAACCCGGAAUGGUUCAGAUUCAGGAAGAACCGGAUCACGGCGUCGGUGGCUCAUUCCAUCGCUCACUGCAAAUAUGUGAACGGAAAAAGUACAACGCCUCCCGAGUCCUACGUCAGGACUGUUCUAGGUGAAAGUGCUCGUGUUCGGACCAGAGCCAUGACCUGGGGCAUCGAUCACGAGGAGGAGGCCGUCCUCAAGUAUCAGGUGAGGCAGAGUGUGGUUCUGUCUCGUCCUCUCUGUGUUCAGGGGUGUGGUCUGUUCAUCGACGGAGCUCGUCCGUGGUUGGCCGCGAGUCCGGACGGGAUCGUGACGGACGCUCGGACCGGCCAAUGGCUGCGCUGCCUCGAGGUCAAGUGUCCCUACAAACACCGAGCGCGCUCAGUAGAGACGGCGGCGAAGAGCGACCGCACCUUCUGUCUGCAGCUCGACCACGACCAGCAGGGGGCGCCACAGUUGUCCCUGAGGAGGACCCACCCGUACUUCACACAGGUCCAGUGUCAGUUGGCCGUCACCGGGUUGAAAGUCGCCGAUUUCGUGGUCUUCACCGAGUCGGACCUGGCCGUGGUCCAGGUCCAGUUCGACCCGGACUUUUGGGACCAGACCGUGUCCAAACUGGAGCAGUUCUACUUAAAGGCCGUGAUCCCGGCGCUGAGAGAGAAAAACCCAGCCUGGACCCCGGAGAUCUGA